AUGGAACACGAGCCAGACACAUACAACAACCUCAGAACGCUGGAAAAGGCCAUUUGCAGCUGGCGGGAACAGCAGCAUGAGUGCAAGGAAACACGCUGUGAGCUUCUAAUCCAGGAGUUGGAGCUUGAAAAGGCCAAGAGCGCCAGGUUCGUGGCUUUUGGAGAAGCGCAACUGCUAGUCAACGGCGUCGCCGUGGACCAAAGCCAUAUAGGAGACUUGGUAUUUAAUGUCAAUACGGGUACAGAGAUAGUUGAGAAGACCAUUAUUACGUUCCGCUCAGAAUGCUUACUUCCUCAUGGAUGGCAACUUACGCCAGAUUUCAGCGUUGGAUGUUUUCUCAUAGCAGCAGACGACGACACGUCACAAAUAUUCGUGUCGAUGUCGGCCAACGGACUGCUGGACGCCAGCGGGAUGGAAAAAUGCAGGACAGAGGUUCUGUACGACACAGACACCACCAUUUGCGAAAAGCAAAUCACCGCAAACUGCCUCAAGCUGGAUAUCUCAAGCACGACCAAAGUCAAGUUGCGAGACGACCCUGUAUACCGGCUGUUCAAUUCGCAGUUGUUCAAAUUGCAUGUCAACAUUCAAAACUCGAUAGCGGUACAGAAAUAUCAUCCCGGCAACAUUCUGCUGCGCACUGCGCUGAUUUCGAACUUCUCGAGCUUUCUGAACUUCGUCCUUGGCGCAAUCACGUUUGGGUACUUCCGCAGAACAACCACACUGCUCACAGCCGUGACGACGCUGUCCAUGUUUUUGGCGUCGCUUUUGCUCACCGCCGUCAUCGUCCUGCUUCACAUCGACGCACACAGCAUGUUCCAGCAGUUUGCCACGUCGUUCAGGUACUUUUUCUACUGGUGGAUCGUCGUUAUUGUGCAUUGUCUAAUAUCGAUGGCCAUCUGUGUCUACUUCAACAUGGCAAAUGAAAAAUACGUCAUCAGCCGCGCCGUGAGCGGAAAACACACGUUGGUGGACGACCGCGGAACGGUCGAGUUUGUUGUCUACUUCCAGACGACCUCGAUCGUCCUCGUUCUCGCCCUCUUUACCAUUUCGCUGUUUAGAGCCAAGCAAAGACUGAGCAAUUUCCUCAAUCUCACGCUGAAAAGCCGCGACAUCCAGCAAUAA